CUCCAUCAUACCAGUUGACCAGUGUCUACUAGGUGUUCGCUCCUUUUUCCUUCCUUCCCAUAUUCUAGCUCCCUUUCCUGCUGCCCCGUUGAUUUCUUCUACCUUAACUUUCUGGUUCAUAUUGGUUUAUUGUGGUGUAUCUCAACACUCGACAAUCGACUCCAUCCCCCAACGCCAGAACCUGGAUAGAAUUGGUCUGGUAUUGCCGCGAUGGCCACCCGACCUUCAAGAUCCUCUAGCAUCCCCAUACCUAGGAGCGCUGCCUCCACCUCCCCGUCCCGGAAUAUCGAGUCUAUUCUUUCCAUUCCUUUUGCCGUAUCAAGCAGAUCGCACCCAUAUCCGUCCCAGGCUCAUGCAACUCGAGCCAGCGUAGAUGUCCACAGAAGCAGUGGAGCACCUGGAGUAAGGGGCGCCAGCAGUGCUGCGAGCACUUCUCCUGUCAGGUCUACUGCGCGUUCCUACCCACAUUCUCUCGGUUUACCGUCGAGAAGUGCACCCCGAUCGAAUGGCUUUGAACCACGAGUUAUACGUGCUGACUCCUCGCGGAAUAUUGACCCUGCAUGCUUGCCAUCUUCUCCAUCGUCUACACGCACUCGCAGACCCAGUGGAACAGGCAGAGCGCCAAGCGCCCAGCGACAUUUAGGUGCAAGUGUCGCACAGGCAGUCCCUACUGUUCCUGCGUCAUUUCCUCGACCAGCAUAUCUUGAAUAUGCUGCCCUUAGUCACCUUCUUCAAACCGAGUCUCCAACGCUUCUCCCCCCUUCCCGCAAAGAAUCGAGUAACGACCGGCCUUAUUCCGGAGCAGUUUCGCCAUCUACGGACAGUGACGAUGAUAGUACCGCAAGUCCUCCUCCGCGUGAGAAUCCAACUGCUUCCCUUCCUGCUGUAGAUCAAGUACUCCGCUUGCCUACUCGCUGGAGUGAGGAAGUACGGCAUCAGUCGUUAAAUGUGUCCGCGGAUGGUCGCGAGUUAUCGUACCAAGGGUCAAGCUGUAAUGGGGAUAGAGACACUGCUCAUGCUGCCGCAGCUCGUACCGACCACCCUAUCCCACGGGCCUGCGGAAUCUACUACUAUGAAGUUUACGUCGGUAGCAAAGAACAAAAGGCGCACAUAAGCAUUGGAUUUACUGGGCGUGAUGUCAAGCUGUCUAGACUCCCGGGCUGGGAAACCAAUUCGUGGGGUUACCACGGGGAUGAUGGCUGCUCUUUCGCAACAGAAAGGAACGGUACGGCUUACGGCCCUACCUAUGGCUUAGGUGACGUCAUAGGUUGCGGAAUUGAUUUCACCACAGAUCGAGCCUUCUUCACUAAAAAUGGGACACUGAUCGGACCAGUCUUCGAAAAUGUCGGGAAAAACCUAGACCUUUUCCCUUCUGUUGGUUUACAACACUCGAACGAGAUGAUACGAGCCAAUUUCGGACAUGAGCCGUUCAAAUUCGAUAUCGAGUAUCACGUGCAACAGCAACGAAAUCAGUCGUGGGCUAAUAUACUCACCACGCCUCUGGAUCUCUGUCUCUUCGAUGAAAACCGUAGAACUCCCCCCUCCGAGGCUAUGAAUGGAGCGCUUGCGUCGCGCGAAGAGUCGGCGCCGCUCCUGGAAGAUGAGUCAAAGACUUCCAUCAACAAACUGGUUAUAGGCUAUCUAGUUCACCAUGGAUACACGCGAACUGCAAAUGCUCUUCAAAGGCAACAGGAUAAACUCAGCGAGCAUGCUGGGAUCGCUCCCGACGAUGACGUCAAUAUGGACACUGAUGUCCCACCGCGGCCAAGUUACGAAGGCGGUGUCGAGUCUCGUACUCGUAUAGUAAACUCGGUAAUGUCUGAUGAUAUCGCUGCCGCUCUUUCAGAGACGCAGAAAUGCCAUCCAUCGGUAUUGGAAGCGGAGGAGGGCCUAAUGUUGUUCAAGCUGCGCUGUCGCCAAUUUAUCAAGCUAUUCUUAGAGGCUGAAGAGAUGAAAAAGGCAAUGAACCCAAAAUCGCACGCCCUUCCGGAUGUUAAUGACAGUGACUCAGAGAUGAUGGAUGGAAUGGAUCUUGGCGACGACAUGAGUAUGGAUAUCGACGAUGGUUUUAGUAAUGGGGUCUCGAUUACGGCGGCAGAUAAGUCUGUGGCUCGGCGUGAAAAGUUACUCAAGGAGGCGAUCGCAUACGGCCAAUCCUUACUGACAGACUACAAAUCGGAUGAACGACCAGAAGUCCAAGGGAUAAUCAAGAAGACUUUUGGGAUCGUUGCAUGGCAUGACCCUUUGGCGGCCGGUGGCACGGCGGCGGAAGUUGUUGGGACUGAAGCUAAGAUUGCACUCGCGAAUGAGCUCAACCAAGCUAUCCUGAAGUCGCAAGGACGGCCUCCCCAUCCAACACUGGAGACAUUGUAUCGCCGCACAGCUGUCUGUAUUCAGCAGCUGGCACUCAUGGGCGUGAGCGCAGCUCCGUUUAUUGACAUGAAGCGCGAGUUCAUCGACAUCUGAGGACGGGCUGCUAGUGUCCUCUAUGUUAUGAGCUGCCUUCUAUCCCAUCUCACGCUUUGCUCUAUGAUCUUAUUUAGUGGCAUCUCUGUAAAAUUACGUGUGUUAACUAGUGUACAGUGUAUGGAUUUCGGUCAAGGAAUGUCCUCUCCCUU